AUCUAGAAUUCCUGGUAUAUUCUUUGGCAGUAAAAUACCAAAUUAUCUUCAGGAUACACAUGAAGAAAACGAAGAUGGCAAAACCAAGUCAAGUGUUAACUAUUUUUCUUCUCUUUGAAAUGUCAGUGUUUGGUCAAUAUGAGAGUGAUGAUUUUGAGGAUGAAUACGAGCAUGAAGUGGAUAGUGAAUAUCCAUCUAUUUUUCAUCAAAUUCCUCAUGUAGAAUAUAACGUUCCAUACUCCACCAUACCUGCUGAGUGUGCCAAAGAAUGCUUCUGUUCACCUACUUUCCCAACAGCCAUGUACUGUGAUCAUCGCAAGCUUCUGACAAUACCAAAGAUUCCAGCUCACAUCCAACAACUUUAUCUGCAGUAUAAUGAGAUUGAAGCUGUGCCUCUGGAAUCCUUUGUUAAUGCUACAGCUUUGAAAGAAAUUAAUCUCAGCCAUAACAAAAUCAAGUCUCAUAAGAUUGACAAUGGUGUAUUCGUCAAACUUGCAAACCUCACCCAACUUCAUUUAGAAUAUAAUCAGUUAGAAGAAAUUCCAUUCCCAUUACCCGGAAGCUUAGAAAGGUUAAUCCUGGGUUCCAAUCAAAUUUCCAAGUCCCACGGUAAAGCCUUGGAAGGGUUAACACAUUUAACAAUGCUUGACCUCUGUAAUAAUUAUCUUGAGGAUUCCCAGCUCAAAGGAAUAGACUUUUCAAGUAUGAGAAACCUAAUGCAGAUUAACCUUUGUAGCAACAAACUACAGUCUAUGCUUCUGGAUCUACCACCUUCAGUGAUGUAUCUUUCACUUGAAAACAAUUCAGUUUCUUCCAUUCCAGAUAAUUACUUCCACAAGCUUCCAAAUCUUACUGCUUUAAGAAUGUCACAUAAUAAUCUUGAAGAAAUUCCUUUUAAUGCUUUUAUGUUCUCUAGUCUUCUGGAACUUAACCUUGGGCAUAACAAAUUGAAACAUGUUUUCUAUAUUCCAAGAACCCUACAACAUUUAUACUUAGAAGAUAAUGAACUGGAAGUCAUGAACGUUACUUUAAUGUGUCCUACUAUUGAUCCACUGAACCUCAAGCAUUUAACGUACAUAAGAGUGGACCAAAACAAGCUUACAGCUCCAAUCAGCACCUAUGCAUUCUUCUGCUUUCCACAUGUGCGGAGCAUCUAUUAUGGAGAACAAAAAAUUAGCAAAGAUCAACAAACACAGCUGAGAACACCUCUGUUCCGAAGAUUUUUCACGCAAGAAGAAUAUGAAGAAGCAGAAGAUUUUCAUGAAGAACAAGAUGAAAGCCAUGAUCACGAUUCCAGAGGAAGUGACAAUGACAACUACCUUGAUCCUUACUUCUAUUAAAAAUUUAUGAGGUAGUAAAACUAGCAAAAUAAUAAUAAUAUCAAGUAUAAAUGAAAACAGAAUAAACUAGAAAAUGCAGUAAACCACCUGAAACUAAUCAAUAUAUUUUGUAGCAUAUAGAAUAUUUUUAUGUAGAAAAUCUCAAUAGCUAUGAAAAUAGUAUGUUUCUUAGAUAUUCAAACUAUUAAUAGGAGACUAUGAAAGCAUUUUAAAUGUCAUAGAAACAUUCAGGUGAAUAACAAAUGCCAAGACAAUGUUAUCUGUAUAAAGUUGGUAUUGUAAUGAUAAUCUCUAAAUCCUGAUAUAUUUGAAACUGCAAUAUGACACGCUACUGUUAUUUGACAUAUAUCUUAUUUUUAGUUUGAAUAAAUUUUCUAAGACAAGUUACAGUUUAUUCAGAAUCCUAAUUAGGCUUGCAGCAAAACCAUUACAAUAGUAGAUUUAAAAAUCUCUUGGUAUUUCAGUUAACAUUUAACUGAAUGGCUAAAUGGUCAAGCAUUUAACAUUUUAUGCUUUAUGCAUGUAGGUGUAUCUAUGUAUAAACUUAACAUUCAUGAAAAAAUCAUCUUUUGCCCAAAUUCACUUCAUAAAUAUGAAAUUAUUCAGGGAGCUAUCCAUUGAUUCAGAAGAAUAAAUUGAAGUUAAUACUGUACUCAAGUGAAACAGAUGGCUAGUGGGUAAUGGUUCACUUAAAAAUCAUAAUUUUAAUCCAAAGCUGUAUAAAUUAUAAUAUGAAUAAUAGAAAGAUCAGCAAUCUUUUCAAUUGACAGGAUACUCACAAAUAAAAUGAAAACCAAUCAAAAUCUUAAGAGAUCCUCAAAAUUCACAUAAUCUUACUAACUUUACUCCUGAUAUCUUUGCUAUCUCUCAUAGUAAAUAAUAAAACAUUCAUUCUGCUGCAUAACAUUUCAGGAGAUUUUGGUUCAUUAUCAUAAGCACCUUUUUCCGCCUAUAGGCAUUAUCUACCUUUUGGUUGCAUAAAAUCAUGGUUGAUAUCAUAAACACGUUACCAUGGGCCCAACUAUUACUCUUGUACAUUUCCAAUAUAGUUAAUGAGCAAUAAACUUAACGUUUGUUACAGAAUAUAAAAUGUUAUCUAGAAUGCAAUCUCAAUAAAAAGAGAAUAUUUGUACCUCAGGGUUGAUGCAAUCUGCAACCAAACCAAACAAGAAGGUACAGACAGACACAUAUUGCAACAGAGGGGAAAAUCAAGACUUGGCUUAUACUUUAUCAACAAUUCAAGGUUAUAAAAUAUACUGUUCUAUUCUUUAGAUAUAAAUAUAAUAUUAAAUAUAAUAUUAAAAUAUAUUUUAAAUCAGUAUUCACAUUUAUUUUGAUUCCAUAUAUGGGUUUUAAUCAGAUAGUUAACAAUAAAUACUUAAAUAUAUAUUGUGUUUAUAAAAGUAUAAGAUGUUACAAAUAAAUCAUGAUAAGAUUGAAA